UGCAGGAACCAGAAAGGCAGCAUUGGGCCUGGAUAGGGGGAAAGGGGGCACCUGGCCACCAGCAAAGGCUGCUGACCCACAGACCCUGAGGGCCCUUUGCCUCCCACCCAGGAGCCGCUCCCAGCCGCCUGGGACCUAGUUGGGGCUGAGGAUGCAGCGGGCGAGGAGGGCAACCAUGGCUCUGGUGCGCCAAGGCUGGCAAAAUGGGUCUGGGGGGCCCCGCCUCCCUCCAGGCCCCCGGCCGCUGCCCUUCCUUGGGAAUAUUUUGCAGGUGGACACCAAGAACUUCCCCAAAUCUGUGGAGGAGCUCAGCCGGACUUUUGGGCCAGUGUUCACCAUCCACCUGGGCUCCCAGAGGGCUGUGGUGCUCUAUGGGCAGGAGGUGGUCAGGGAGGCCCUGCUGGACCGAGGGGAGGACUUUGGCACCAGAGGAAUGACCCCCAUCCUGGACAAACUGGCCGGCGGGACAGGCAUCGGGUUCAGCAACGGGGAGACAUGGAGGCAGCUCCGUCAGUUUGCCACCGCUACGCUGCGCGAUUUGGAGAAAUGGACGGAGGAGAGGAUCCAGGAGGAGGCCAGGUUCCUGGUGGAGAGGCUCUGGAGCAUGAAGGGAAGGCCCUUGGACCCCUCGCUCCUUCUCAGCCAGGUGACCACCAACAUCCUCUGUGCAGUCGCCUUCGGCAGCCGCUUUCAUUACGAAGACCAGGAGUUCCUGAGGUUCCUUCACCUCCUGGAGGAGAACGCCCGACUCCAGUCGUCCACUAUGACCAAGCUAUACAACGUUUUCCCAUCGGUCCUGGAUUACCUUCCAGGGUCUCACCAGACAAUAUUUAGGAAUACCAGCGAACUGAGGCACUUCAUCUCAAGGAGGGUGAAGAAGGAGGCCCCACAGCCGGAGGCCCCUCAGGGCUUCAUUGAUGCCUUCCUCCUCAAGAUGGAGCAGGAGAAACAGAAUAGCCAGUCCGUCUUCAGCCUCCAGAGUUUGGAGAGAAGCACGCUGGACUUCUUUGUGGCGGGAGCAGAGUCCACCAGCCUCGUCCUCAUGUAUGCCCUGCUGGCCCUCAUGAAAUACCCGGAGGUGCAAGAGAGGGUUUGCCAAGAAAUUGACCGGGUGCUUGGCCCAUCACAAAGCCCAUGCUUGGCGGAUCUCAGCCAGAUGCCGUACAUGGAUGCCGUGAUCCACGAGGUCCACCGGUCCCUGGCCCUGGUGCCACUGAACGUGCCACACGCCGUGACCAAGGACACGAUCUUCAGACAGUAUCUCAUUCCCAAGGGCACCACUGUCUUCCCGGCUCUGAAGGCUUCCUUGUACGACCGGACCGAGUUCCCCUGCCCUGAGCGCUUCGACCCGGGGCAUUUCCUGGACAGAAAGGGAGCCCUGAGGAGGAGCGAGUGCUUCAUCCCCUUCUCCACAGGACCGCGGGCGUGCCUGGGUGAGCGGCUGGCCUCCACGGUCAUAUUUAUAUGCCUGGCCACUCUGCUGCAGCAUUUCAAGCUGAGGCCCCAUGUGCCGCCGGAGGAGCUGGACCUGUCCCCCACGGUGGGGUUCCUGACCGCUGCCCCCAAGCCGUACCGGCUCAGUCUCGAACCACGAUGGUGAAGAACUGCAGACCACCAGACGGGAAGGAUCCCGCUCUCCUCCCUGGCACUGCUGCUGUUGGCAUGUGCCCCUCCUGCUGCCCAUGAAUGGAUAGACAGGCCUGGCCUCCUCAUUUUCACCUCAAAUUAUUCUCAAACCCCUUCAGGACCCAUGCCCUUGCACCUGCCCCCUCCUCCCUGUUUACCUGCCCUUGUCCAGAGCCCCAUCCCUCGUCUUUGGGGUCCCCAUAAGGGAACUGGUCUGCCCACAGGGUCUCUCCCUGCAACUCCCUGGCAGGGCCCCUAAUGCAGGCCUCCAUCAUCAUCAUCAUCAUCAUCAUCAUCAUGGCUCCUGCAAGCCUCCUGCCCGUUUGCUCCUGUCCUGGGGAGGAGGUCUCUAGGGCUGGGUUGCUCAAGGGCACGACUGCCCAAGUGGCUGUUUCCGGCUGGAGGGCCGGGGGCAUGCUUGCCAACCUGGCUCUUCCCGAUUCCGGCGUAAAGGGAAAGGCAGAGCCCCAAAAUGAUGCGGCAGACAGAGGGGGGAUCUGCCAUGUGGGAUCCAUGGAAUGGGUCCAUUCCCACCGCAAAGGAGCCUGCUAAGAUCCCAGGACCAUGUACCCACCAAACAGGAAAUAUAGGGCAAGAGACCCUUACACACAGAAGGUCUUUAAACUGACCAAAAAGACUAACCAGGGAAGUCUGGUAUUUGUGAAUACUAAUUUAACAAUAAUGCAAAAGGAUAGAUAAGCUCAAUAGUACAGUUUAAACAUCCAAUGGAAUAAUAAAACCAUAUAAACCAUCUAGAAAAUAAGCAUACAUCAAAAAUAUUUUAAAGUAACCAUAAUGUAAGGUAUCCCAUCCCUAAAAUAUCUAACGCUAUUAAUAAUCAUGAAGGGAACAGCCAGAUAUGGAUAAGAUCGUGUCCAAUGAUUAAAAUGUAAGUCCAUUGAAAGACGAUAAGAAGCUCAUAUAGCUGUUGAUGGAAGUUUUAUAGGCCCCGAAGUGUGAAGGUCCUGCGGAUGGAGGGUUAACCGUACAGAAACUUGAAGAGAUGGCCGUUUCCGUUUCGCGAAGUCUUUGUCCGUCUGUACCUUCAUCUUUCUUUUUCAUGACUCGGGUUUAAUCCUGUAAUGUUUUAAUAAUCUAUAAAAUAAUUCACACAUUACAAAAGUAUUUCGUAAUUCACCUAGAAUAAAUAAAUGAAAUACCAGCAA